CGUCGAAAGGUAGUUGAACUGAUGAGGCUUAUGUUUCUAUGACAACCUAACAGCAGCAACAACAAGAAAUAAUGAGUUCAAGAGUGCUAUGGUCGGACAAGUCAAGAAGUCAAUAAAGCCCCAACAUGAAUCAGGUGAAAGUCAGCAACCACAGACGAAAAGCUUCAAAAGUUGAGAGAGAGCUUGAACGUAGAAAGAUUAGACAGGAGAUGUACCUUGACGCAAUGGAUGAUCUAACUGCUCUACGAGAUCACUAUAAAGCUGAAGUAAGACGAAAACUAGAGGAAAAAGUGAAAAAACAAAGAAGACUUAGAGAGAAUCAAAAGGCUACGAGAGAGGCAACGGAGAUUGAGAAUACGCCAACACGCAACUUCAGAGUCCAGCUCCCUAAAUCCAACAAUCUUGAGGAUACAGAUUUUCUGGAGAAAAUAGAGUUAUCCAAAUCUUAUCAGAUUAUUCUAAUACGGGAUCAUUUAGAAAAGAACAAUGAACUAGAUAAGAAAUACAAGGUUGAUGAAUUCCACAGAAUGAUCUUGAAGCCUGGUGUUUUGAGAAGAUGCAAGAUCGACAUGGCAAAAGGAAAUGCACUAACUUUUGAGAAAAUCCGCACAAUGACACAGAAUGAUAACAAAGACGCCGACCAGUCACUUCAGAAUAGAAAAGAAGAACACGUAGAAACCAUUCCUGAAGAGGAUGAAUUUGAAGAAGUAAACAUUGCCAAGGAAAAAAUGAAUAAACUCAAACGGCUCAAAAGUAUUGAUUCGAAGCAUAGUACCCAUGUUAAUCUUGAUAACAUAGAAGCUAUGUUUCCAUCUGUUCCUUACCCAGAGCUAGUUGCUGUAAAUCGAAACUUCGACAGCCCCCAACCAGAUGCUGAUCAGGUUGAAAAGCAGCUAAAGAGAGAAAAAGUUCGUCAGGGUACAGAGAAGCAAAGAAGAAUGGUGCAACAAAUGUUUCAAAGAUCACAAUCGUACGAGACAGCAACUGAAAGACUGAUGACGAAGUACCAGCACUUCAAUUUUCCAAACAUGGAUGAAGGAAACAGUGCUAAGGAAAUUUUGAUGUCAGUACCAAAGACUCCUAUUCGAGAUGUCAUACAAGAACCAGCGAAGAAAGAGUCUCCAAAGCUCUAUUCCCGUUUACCAAUGUCAUCAGACUCAAACACAUUUAUCGACAAGUAUUUAGAGUCCCUAGACGAACUUCACAUUGCAGAACAUUAUUUUUUCACUGGUUUUGAGGAGGCAACUGAAGCCAAAGGAAAACUGCCAGGAGAUUCUGGCUUAGAAAGCCAGACAUCCCGUUGGAAAGGAAGAGUCCACACAGAUGAGGCACUUCGAAGACAAAUUUUGGGUAUCAGAGAAGAGACAAGGGAACUGCCAAAGAUUGCCCCUCUGACGAUGUCUGCUCUAGAGCAAACAACGCCUGUUAGGUUCGUCAAGGGACCAGUUUUGAAUUGGGUCAACCCAGAGCUGGAGCCACUUCAGUGAGAACCAAUUUUACUAUGGAAAAAUAUUUUUCUCAGGAAACAGAAUAAACCUUUCCAUUUCAAGAGGAAAGAAGAUCAAGAAAUAGUUGUGAGCAAUAGGCAGUGGUACUUUUAGUUGACAAUCUUCUCGAUUUGUCUUAGUACAUGACAUUCUUCUCGCUGAGAUAAUUUCUCGUUAUAGAAAUUUUCUAUUUUGUACAUUGACGCUUGCAAGAUUCAUUUGUAUGUAGUUGAGUCCAUGACACAUUUGUACAAUGAUAAAACUUUUAGUCAAUUUUUAACAGUCAUAUAGGGAAUACACAGUCUUUUCACAAUAGUUUUUGUCUUCAAUGAAAGAUAUGUUAGUUUUAUAUCGUAUUGUAAUAUAUCAUGCCUGUAUUGUAUUUUUGCAUUUGCCAGAGAUUUUUUAAAUUUAAACAAAUGAAAUGAUUUUAAAGGUAUUUUAUCACCUAGCUUGAUAUAGAGAUAAUCACUCUUGGAAUCAAUUGAAUUG